AUGGGAAGUGAUUUUGAAGAGACGAUGAAUCACCCAUGUCAUCUUCAGCAUCCAAUAAUACUGAAAAGCGAAGGAGCUCCAUUCCAAUGCAGCGGCUGCAAGGAACUAGGGUUUGGCCCAAGGUACCAGUGCCACGAAACUGAUUGUCCCUUCGUCCUUCACUACCACUGUGCCACGGCUCGCCCCACCGACCGCACAAGAAUCCACCUGUUUAUGGGGAACCGCCGGUUUGACUUCCUCUGGGAACCGCCGGGCGAACCGAACCGCCGAUAUUGCGACGCUUGCGGGCAAGACGUCCGAGGGUUUCUGUAUCAAGACCAAUAUUCCAAACACAAUUUUGAUUUGCAUCCUUGUUGCAUGAACCUAAAGAGAACCAUAUCUGAUCCUAACGGCACUGUGGAGCUGAAUCUAAAAGACAAAGUGCCCUCUAAAUGUGUGAAAUGCAAGAGGAAGGGUCUAAAUAACGUUCAGAGCAAGGAGGCUUUCAGAGGGUGGUCCUAUGUGUCGUCUUGUGGAAACUAUUGCUACCAUGUUUAUUGUGUGAAGACUUUGAUCCUGGAGAACUGGGAAAGGGUUAUUUCAAUGUUGCUUCUUCCUCCUCCUACUCUUCUUCUUCAAGCUUGGUCAUCAGAAGUGAAACUUUAUCAGCUACAAGCUCUUUGGCCAUGGAUAGAAGAAGAAGGUCGUCUAGAUUAUCAGUCUCCCGUGCGUUGA